UGGGUUGGAUAUGAGUGACGCUUCGAAGUUCCCAGAUCCAAAAAUGGAUCCUCUAUAACCUCAAUGAACGAUUACACAUAUCUUGCCAAUGAACUCGCCCCAGGUCUCUUCUCCAGUUCUUCAAUCUUUUUCUCCAACAUCCAGGUCGAGGAGCAGCACCAAACUGGCGGAUGAUAUCACUUCCUUGACCUCAUUCAACCCGUUCUCAGAAGAGGAUGAGAACGACCAGUCCUCAUAUACUCUCGUUACUUCUCUCUUUUCAAGGGUGAAGAACACCUUUUCUGCGCCUCUAACAUCAGCAGUUGCAGCAGCGUCCAACAGUACCACAUCCAAUCCGAAUACCAAUAACAACAAUGUGACGACAACGAACGAACCUAAGAGACCGCCUUUCACAGCACAGACACAGUCCAGCUCGUCUAGGCAUUCGGCUGGCGAACGACCGAACUCAUUGUCAACCGUCAACGCUCCGAAUCCGGCGCCACCGCUGGUUUCUCUGACACCUGUGCAUUCUGAAGUACCAACUUACAGCGUCGAAUACGAAAGGUCACCUUCUCGUAAUGGGAUGUUUUAUUCAGAGUCGCCACCAGAUGGUGGAAACUUUGGGAAUACAAUACCAGGUUUCCCGAUUCCGGAUGAUGCUAGGAGCAUCAAGACGAGUACCGGAAGUCUACAUCGAUCAGGAUCCGUGUCGAAAGUGAUUAGAAGGAUACGCGGCGAAGGCCUUUCUCGCGACUACUGGAUGGAUGACGAUAACUGUAAAGAAUGUUACGAUUGUAAAAGUGUUUUCACGACUUGGAGACGAAAGCAUCAUUGUCGUAUAUGCGGACAAAUAUUCUGUUCACGUUGCGCAUCGAAUAUCAUCAAGGGCUCUCGCUUUGGGCACGAAGGGAUGGUACGCGUUUGUAAUCUAUGUGUCGAGAAACUUGCGAAAGUGGACGACGACGACGACGACGACCACCGUUCGGUUAUCUCCUCAGUCAAUUUCCCAGCCCAUCAGUUUGGUCCAGAUUUUUUAAACCUCGGACAUCAUUCACAAUCUCCAUUUGCCGCUUCCCAGCUUUUUGGUCGAGAUGAGCCCUUCAAUCUCUACUCCAUCGCGGAAACCAAACGGCCAAUAUCUGGUUCUGAUGACAGCGGAUUUUCCAGACCUCACACUCCAUUCAACUUUUUCCAAGACCGACACGAACCCGUUUGGGAACGUGAAGCCGACAAUCCUGCACCUUUCCGCAGAGCUCUGUCUGACGACGAGAAGGAUAUCGCAAACCUUCCUAGCACGUUCGCCGAUGAUUCUCCCACUGGCCCUGGUUCUAAAACACCCAUUGAUUUCCCUAUUAUGAAACCUGCUAAUGGAGAUGGAAUGAGUUCUAUCCAGUUCCCUACGGGGUCACCUGAACAUGGGCCAGAUAGCGCAUGGCCGAGUGAGCUCAGGUCGCGUUUCAACUCUUACGCGGAUUUCGAAGCUGCCACACCAUUCAUACGAAGUCGCGUUCAAAGUAGACUGGACAACAUCAUAUCAGGCGAACCGGGAUGGCGGACCCGCCGAGAGAGUACUGCUUACGCUCAAGAGUUGAAUCUCACGUCUAUGCUUCAUCUGAAGGUCAUGUUGAGACAGAUGUUGAGUAGUGAAAAUAUCCCCAACGUGCAGGAAUGGGAGGAUACUCUGCUUAGGCUCGCUCUUCGCAUCGCACGAGAACUAACUUUCACUUCACUCCCUCAUCGGCAAGGAGAGGACAUGGAUGUUCGCCGCUACGUGAAGAUCAAGAAGGUUCCUGGAGGCACACCUCAGGAUUCUGAAUACGUUGAUGGAGCCGUUAUCACAAAGAACGUCGCGCACAAGCAGAUGUCCCGGGACCAAAAAAAUCCUCGCGUAAUGCUUGUGACUUUCCCCCUCGAAUUUUUCAGAGUCGAAGGGCAGUAUAUGCACUUUGGCCAGAUCGUUCGACAGGAGAAAGAGUAUUUGGGCAAUUUGGCCGCGCGAAUAGCUGCACUAAGACCUCAUGUCAUCUUAGUGGAGAAGUCGGUGUCGAGGAUUGCUUUGGAAUCGUUAUUGAACUGUCAUAUUGCUGUUGCUCGGACAGUAAGGCCUUCGGCUAUUCAGUUAAUUGCUAGGAUGACUCAGGCAGAUGUUUUCUCGUCAAUGGACAAACUGGCCCUAGAACCACGACUGGGACACUGUGCGCGGUUCCGUGUGCAGACGUUCGAUCAUCCCCUCAUCCUAGGUCGACGAAAGACUUUCAUGAGGUUCGAAGGCUGCAGCCGUGAUAUGGGUUGUACUAUCAUUCUCCGAGGCGAGAAUAUUGAAACGUUACGCAGGAUCAAGAAGGUUACCCGCUUUUUGACUUUCAUAGUCAGGAAUCUGAAGUUGGAGACGCAUUUAUGGAAAGAUUCUGUGAUCACAUUACCUUCAUUCAAUGCCGAUGCCAUCCCUGCCACUCCAGGCCGACUCUCUGUCUCCACUGCUUUCAGUGGUGUCCCUACAUAUCCGUCGAGUCUUUCGACUCCAUCUCUCAUGACUGCUUAUUCGGAAAUCCCUCCUCCGGCAGUGAUAGCCCUCCGCGCUCAGUCGAUAGCUUCUGAUGAGAUCGCUGAGGAUGAUUUGCCAGACGAAGAAGCGCAAUUCUUGAAGCUUUCUAGACGUAUAAAUCAGUCGCUGGAGCCUUAUCUCCGUACUUUUAUAUCCGUAUCAGCGACUUUACGCUUCCCACCUCCUUAUCCCAUCAGGCGAAUGAAAGAGUUGGACGAAGAACUGAUUGCUGCAAAGCGGGCAUGGGAGGACGAGAUUGUCAAUCGAGAGGAGCGGUCGUCAAAGCAUACCCGCGACGAAACGAUAACUACUGCAUCGCAGCUGACGAUAACGGUAGAACAACCAGAGUGUGAUCCGCAGAUGGCUGGUGUUGGUGUUGAGGAUAAUUGCGAUAUCAAGGCACAGAUUGAGGCUCUUCCUGAGAUCACCUUUCCGAGUUCUCUUUCCCUACCACCCACUCCUUACAGAACGGAGGAGGGGAAUAGUUAUUUCUCGAUCACGAACGAUUCCUCGAGCACAGUAACAACUCCUCAAGCUUACGGGACGCCUGGCAUCAGGAGCUUGGACGAACCACUUCAUCUCAAGACAAUAGAAGAUAUCUCAGGGGAGAGUAAUUACGGGCUCGUCAAAUGGAAGCAUGAGGAAUUUAGGCGAAUCUGGGAAUGGUACCUUCGAAAAAGCGCUGAUGAUUUCAUUGUGGAGAAAUACCAAUGCCUCAGCGUAUUGGGGUAUACAGUCCCCAUAGCUGGGUUUGGGGAACAUCGAGCCUGCUUCCCUCCCCGUCUGAACUAUUUUACCUUCUAUGGGGAGAAUGAUUGCACGUUGGGACAAUAUAUCGAGAAAUCUGUCGCGGACACACUUACCGAAUUCCUUGAUCCCAAAGCCAUCUGUACCGGAAAAGGUUGCGACCAGCCGCUUGCCCGUCAUUGUAAAGUCUAUGUUCAUGGCGAGACUAGGUUGUUCGUCGCCAUUGAACAGUGGGACGGUCAAAUCAUUGGACGGGCAUUUGCUUUUCCUGCUCCAGAUAUGAUCACGACCUGGAGUGCGUGUCGUGUGUGUGGAUCCGCAACACCGUUCAUACCUGUUUCCGAAGAGAUGCAGAGGUACUCGUUUGCUAAGUUCUUGGAGCUUCAUUUCUAUCCUGCGGAUGUUAAGCUGGUUCAAGGUGCUGGCUGCCAGCAUAAUAUCUACCAGCACCACGUUCGAUACUUUGCUUUCAAGGGUAUGACAGUCCGUUUCCAGACAGAUCCUAUCGUUUUACACGAGGUGGUGUAUCCUCCAUUUCGAAUUCAUAUCCGUCCCGAGGUGCAGUUGGAAAUGAAGAACCAUGAUUAUCGACGGCUCCGGGAUCGUAAUCUUCAGUGGUACAGUGGAUUAGUUGAUGAUCUUAAGCUGAUCAGUAUCGACGCUGCUACUGGGGACGAGAAGCACGACGCUGCGUUGUUGUCCUCAAUUAAUGCUUUGAUCAUUCGAGCCGAAGCGGAACGAGCGGAUGUUGACAAGCUCAUCAAUCAGGUAUACAAAGAAUCGGCACCCACAGACACACUGGUCCUGAACAAGGUUAGAUCUUACCGGCAGGACAAGAUCGUAGGCUGGCAGCAGGACUUUGACAAACUCCCUAAACCCAAACUCCUUCAGAACGCUGAUCGAAACAGUAAACGAGCGUCCACUUUCGGAUCCGUGCGGGCAAUGUGGCCAAGGAGAUACGAUUUUCCGUCCGACCAGUCUCAUCUUCCGUCAUCUAGCGUUUCUGAAGCUGAAGAAGGGCCCUUCAACAUGCGGAGAGUCACCGGAGAAUCUUUCAUAUCGUCGGCAUCCGAUGCAUCCGAACCGGAGCCGGAUACGGAGGUUAAGCGCCCAGAUCCCGAGCCCAUAACCGAGAAACCACCGACCGAAUCCCCCGAAGAGAUCCGACGGCCUCACGAUGGAUCAGGAUCGGAACCUCCCUCCGAGAAGGAAUCAAAGUCAGAGGGAGACUCUGAUUCCACGAUUGAAGCAAUCCAAGGCGUAGUGACCCAAGAAGGUCCCUCCCAGAAGGUUGUCCGUGCGUCCAGACUUCCACGCCGUACCGCAAAUCAGACUACCGUGGCUGAGCUCGUGAAAAAGUAUCAAGAUUUUCUUCCAGCACAAGGUGUUCAGGAGCUAGCAAAGACCGCUUUCCCCCCGCAUCUCCUUAUGUCUGAGAGUGACCAAGAGUAUUCGUCUCCCUUACAACACCGCCACGCUUCCAGAACUAAAGGCAGACACCAUCGUGCUGUCGUACAGAGAGGGUCAACUUCAGACUUCGAGCAAGGCUAUGCGGCGAGUAUUGCACCACGUUACUUGACGAAUUCCCGCCGUUCCGUCGGACAAGCAGCUAAUAACAACCGGAUAGUAGCACCCUCCUCGCGAAUUGCAACUGAAAACUCCCGCGGAUCCUCUCGGCGACCAUCUCCAGAAAAGAAACCUUUUGGCGGUAAAGGAAAAGAAAAACGACCGAGUCGACCACCUUCUCCACCCAAUCUCAAGCUCACGGCAUCGAAUCCGGUACCCAAGACUCCGAAGGUGCGACUUGCCUCCCGACAGGGGGAUAGGACACCAGCUCGACCUCCCGUUACCCCAGGAUCUAAAUCUGCUUUUCGACGUCCCCCUGCUAGUGCGGGAGGAAAGGUAUCAAACAUCGCUAAGCAUUUUGAGCGUUUGGGUCGCGAUGCUGAGCGGUCGAGGAGCCGGUACAACGUCAUUAGAGGACGACGUGCACGACCUGUGGGCUCUGCCAAAGCCGUGGUUGAGAUCCUCGACAGUGUCAAAGAUGCCAUAAUGGACGAGAGCGAGUCAUCAGACUCUUCAAGUGAAGCUGAUGAUGAAGGUGGGGAUGACGAACGCAAGACAGUUCCAGAGUUAGUGAACGAGACGAAGAGUAGUGAAGUCGCUGGACCUUCUGAACCUGCUGCAGCUGAAGAUACAGUAGAACAUCCACCAGAGCUUUUAAAGUCUCACCAAGAGCCUGGAGCGAUCGUUGUUCCUUCUGAGACUAUUGACGCUCCGUCUGUACCUCUUCCGCGUUUGCCAUUGCCCCCCUCCCCAUUUUUGGGACCUUCGAAACCCGAACAAUCUGAUGCGGACAUUCCUACAGGUACGGAACGUCACUCGAUAUUGAGAGCAUUAUCCGGUUUUUGGUUACAGCCACUCCCUAAUUCUCGCAACACACUUGAGAGUGACGACCUGAUGAUUGACCCAGAGCACAUUUUCCGUGACUCUUCUAUGGUGGUUCGUACCGACGAGCCUACCUCAAUCAUUGCUCUGGCAUUGAAUUCACCCCAGUAUCGUGAAAUGUUGGCGAGAUCUCGUGCUGAGAAACGUACAGCGCGAGAAGCACGCCUAGCAGAAGGGGAGGCAUUUAUGCCCGACGAUCGGUCUGUCGCAGAAUCGACUUCCACGUGGGGCGUGGUCAAUGUAGAUCCUGCUGAAGCAGCUAACCCCACCGAGGACCUGAAAGUGCCUUCGUCGAAGCUACCAUGGGCUAUAACCUUCGAAAGUGGUGGCUUAACCAUUAGCUGCACGGUCCUGUAUCCAGAGCAGUUCGAUGCACUUCGCCGAACCUAUAACUGCGAGCGAAGUAUGAUAGAGUCACUUUCGAGGUGUGUCAAAUGGAAUACCAGUGGCGGAAAGUCGGGCUCUGCCUUCUUGAAGACAGGAGAUGACCGUUUCAUUGCGAAAGAACUUUCGAAACCAGAAUUACAAACAAUGGAAACGUUUGCUCCUGCAUAUUUUGACUAUAUGUCGUCUUCAGUUUCCUCCAGUCGACCGACAUUGCUUGCCAAAGUCUUUGGUUGUUACAAGCUGACAUUCAGGAAGGCCGAAAACGAACACGGUCCUGGUAGAGCGAAAUCGACGCAAAUGAACUUGUUGGUUAUGGAAAAUCUCUUCUAUGAUCGACGAUUCUCCAAGAUAUACGAUCUAAAAGGGUCUACCCGUAACCGGCACGUUCAAUCUACAGGUAGAGAGAACGAGGUGCUGUUGGAUGAAAAUUUAGUUCAAACUGCUCACCUGACGCCAUUUUACCUGCGUGAACAUUCGAAGCGAAUACUACGGGGUGCAUUGUAUAACGACAGCAAGUUCCUUGCAGACAUCAAUGUCAUGGAUUAUUCGUUGGUCUGCGGAGUUGACAGCCAAAACAACGAACUGGUGGUUGGCAUCGUUGACUUUAUUCGAACGUAUACUUGGGACAAAAAACUGGAAAGCUGGGUUAAAGAGUCUGCUUUUAUGGGUGGUAGUAGAGGAGAACCUACGAUCAUAAGUCCAAAACAAUACAGACAAAGAUUUAUUAGUGCGAUGGAGCGUUAUUUCCCUUUGGUUCCCGAUCGAUGGAUGAAGCAAAAGGAUACCCCUGAGGAGGAUCCGAACAGCUUGGCGGAGCUUUGGCCAGACUGGUGA